AUGGGUCGUGACAAGGAGACGAGUGGCAGGAAGAGUUGGGGCUCGGCAGACAUCAACACAGGCAUAGGCAUGUCUCCUCCUGUUCGUUCAGGAGGUCCAGAGGAACAGCGAAGCCUAACCUCUGAUGAUAGUUUGGGUCCUGUAUCCAGCAUACUGCUGAUACCCAGGGUGCCUCCUGCUCAGUAUGAAGUUAGCAGCUCUUUGGGAUAUACAAGUACCAGAGACUUGUUAGAGAAGAUGAUGGACUCUCAAAGGGACUCCAGUGCCCCAGGCAGGUUCACUGUCGGAAGUGCUGAGUCCACGCUACACAUUCGUCCUGGAGGUUACAAUCCUCAAAGAGCCCUUAUAAACCCCUUCACUCCAUCCCGUAUACCAAUGAAGCUCACAUCCAACCGCCGGCGCUGGAUGCACACCUUCCCUGUCGGUCCUUCUGGAGAGGCAAUCCAGAUUCAUCAUCAGACCAGGCAAAACAUGGCAGAGCUGCAAGGCAGCCAGCAGAGAUAUCCUGCCCAUACUUCAGCUGAGCUGCUGGAACUGGCUUAUCAUGAGGCAACUGGGAGGCGUACAACAUCAAGGCAAACAGGGGAAAAUAGCCUGUCCAUAUAUGGAGUGAUGGAAGAGUUCACUGGAAGUCCUGGAAAUAACCAAAGUGGAACUCUCACCAACCGCAGCACCUCAUUUCAUGACUUUUCCAUGAGUGACACAGAUCCAACCCUGCUGCUGUCUGCACCCCCGACAGUGCCCAGCUUCUGUUGCACGGUAGGGGUGGACUGGAAGUCCCUAACCACACCAGCCUGCCUUCCGCUCACAACAGACUAUUUCCCUGACCGCCAGACACUGCAGAAUGAUUACACUGAAGGCUGCUAUGACCUACUGCCACACAGUGAUCUGGAAAGACGAGAGGAUGAAGCACCAGUGAUGACUGCAUCUCAGGUGUUUGAGGAGUUUAUCUGUCAGAGGUUGAUGCAGGGAUAUCAGAUCAUUGUCCAACCCAGUAACAGAAAAGCACAGCCUGCUGUGACUGUUCCUCUUGGUAGUAGUCCUCUUUAUACCAGAGGUCUGGUGUCUCUGCGUCGAGCUGAGGAAGAUGAGACUGUUUACUGGCUCAGCAUGGGUCGGACAUUCCAUAAAGUGUGUCUCAAAGAUAAGAUCAUCACUGUCACACGCUAUCUACCAAAGCACCCAUAUGAGUCAGCUCAAAUCCAGUACAGCUACAGCCUUUGUCCACCACACUCUGAUGCACAGUUUGUUUCCUGCUGGGUAGAAUUUGGACAUGAGAGACUGGAGGAAUAUAAGUGGAAUUACCUGGAUCAGUAUAUCUGUUCUGCUGGCUCUGAGGACUUCAGCUUGAUUGACUCGCUGAAAUUCUGGAGGACCCGCUUCCUUCUGUUACCAGCUGGAGGGGCUCGACGGGUGGCAGAUGGGGAGGGACACUGGGAUGUGUAUGGUGAGGGAGUGGGAGCUGGAAUGGGUGGCAGUGGAGAUUGGGUUUUGCUGGAUGGCUUUAUUCGUUUCCUUGAGGGCCUCAACCGCAUCCGACGACGGCACCGCUCUGACAGAAUAAUAAGGCAAAAGGGCACACCAAUGAAAGGACUACAGGUUACCAGUCCUGUACCUCUGUAUGGUUGUGGUUGUGCCACUGAACCUGUGGCACAACCACAAGGAAAGAGAGGUACGUCUGCUUUAUCAGCCCUGCUGGAGAUGGAGCAGAACCAGAAAACAUUGGAGGAGCAGCAGCAGGUAAAGCUCACAGCCGCCGUGAGUGACUUAUCAAUUGUUGCUACAGCUUCUACGUAUGUAGAAAGUCCCCGCAAGGAUGCUGCCUUUAUUUUGGAUUUUAUACGUAGCCCUCGAUCCUCCUACAUCUAUCACUUUCAGGAGCAUGUGUUGUAA